GCGCGUUCCUCCGUGCUGGAAUGGCACUUGCUAUUAAAAGAGAAGCAAAAGCAUCUCACACAAUAAUUCAUUUACUGACGCAUUGCAAAAAACGCAUUCAAAUGCAUUAGUGCAAGCCUGAAGACACACUUUCUCCAUCAGCUGCUAACAAGCUUUCCCGAUUUGCACCGAGCUGCAGCUUGUUCACAGGGGACUGUAAAAGUCAAGCCCUUGACAACUCAGCUUUCAAAUACAGACUUCUCUAACAACCCACUUCUGCUUCAGUUCCUCUGAAAUUUCCAAAGCACUAUUUUUCCUCUUUAAGGAUAUCUUUCAAGCUCUCACUUUGUGACUGGAUUUUACAUAAGUGGCCCUAAACUAAGUGAGGGCCAGGAAAAAUUAAUGGGAAAUCCCAACUUUUAAAUCAGCAUGCGCAAUAGCAAAUGGAAAACACAGCAUCUUAGCUGACAGCUCCCCGUGCCCUUAGGGAUAGCGAUGCAGUAGCAGGACUUCAUUUCCAAAGAGACUGCAGCAAGCCAACUAGGACUCAAAACAGCUGGCGAGGAAGGCGUUGUCCAUUUCGGGAUCCGGGAUGUGGGGCGCAGCCCGCUUCCUCCUGUGCUCGCUGCUGCUGGCGACCCUCCACGGCACGGAGACAGCCGCGCAGGAGACCCAGCCCGACCCCAAGACGCCGUGUGCCAACUGGAUGGGGGGAGCGCCCGGCUACCCCGGCCACAACGGGCUCCCCGGCCGCGACGGGAAGGACGGCAAAGACGGACAAAAGGGAGAGAAAGGCGAGCAAGGUGAGCAAGGCCCCAAAGGCGACAACGGCGAAAUAGGAAGCCGUGGAGUUGAAGGCCCAAGAGGAUUUCCAGGAAACCCAGGGAUGAAAGGGGAGAAGGGAGAAGGUGCCUACGUUUACCGCUCCGCCUUCAGCGUGGGGCUCGCGGGCAGAGCUCCUCACCCCAACGUCCCCAUCCUAUUCAGCAAGAUCUUCUACAAUGAGCAGAGCCACUACGACGCGACCACAGGCAAGUUCCACUGCAGCAUCCCCGGCAUGUACUAUUUCGCCUACCACCUCACGGUGUACCUGUCAGACGUCAAGGUCAGCCUGUACAAGAAGGACAAGGCAGUGCUCUUCACCUACGACCAGUUCCAGAAGAACAACGUCGACCAAGCGAGCGGUUCUGUGUUGCUUCACCUCAGUGCCGGGGAAGAAGUCUGGCUUCAAGUGUACGGGGAAGGGGAAAACAACGGCGUCUACGCUGACAACAUCAACGAUUCUACUUUCAUGGGAUUCCUCCUUUAUCCAGACUUGGAUCUCCACUAAAGCAGGAGGUUGUACAUGGGAGAGGACACGGUGGCUUAACCCCAAAAUUGAGUUCUAGGGCACUAUAGCUAUACUAUACUUCUUGGAAAGUCGUCUUUUGCGGGUACUACAAUUGCCAAGGGUGGAAUCCUAUCUCCUGGGAAAUCAAUGAGGUUAUACAAAGGACUUCAUCAGUGGGACCAAGAGUUCACUCAUACCCCUGCUCUUGUUCUCCUUACAAAAAUCUGGGUCCAAAGUUAAACACCCUUCCUAGAACAUCAUGAAACAGUAACUCCUGAAAUAGGUUGGCUUUUUAGAAAAAUUUAACACUAAAAUAAUUGUUACAUUUAAAUACAAAAUUUAAAAUAACCACUUAAAAAUUCAUUCAAAAUAUUGUCACACAAUUCAGCCAACAUUUUACAAUUUGAGUAGAACAGGGAGAAAACUAUUCAUGAAAACUCUAUCUGUUCUCAUUUUCAACUGGCAACAGAUGGCUUGUUUUUGCUGUUGAAAUCCCCCUAUCUUAUCAGGACUUUGACUUCCACCCAUGGUCUGUUGUUUCCCUUCUUCAACCCAGAUCCCUACAUGUAUUCAGAUUUUUACCUCUUACUGAUUUCAAUGCUUUGGUUUUCCUUUUAUGCUUAUCCCCCAACAUUAUCUCUAAUUUAGAUUGCAUACUCGGGGCAGGGAUCUUCUCUUUUUAUUCAUCUGAAAAGCCUUACGGACACCCACCAGGCUACAUAACAAAAGCAGCCCUUUGACCAUGUGGCUUUGGGCAUCCUGAAGGGGUUACAGACCUGUUGGUCUCAGAGAUGGCAACACUUGGAAACAAGAGCAGCUCCCCUGCAAACAUCAUCCCUGACCCAGAGAGCAGAAGGCCCCCAGAGGUUCCUGGGCAGAGAAGACAUCAGGGUGGAGGUGUCCCUUCCCAAGCCACUGCCCUGGCAGUGAUGUCAUCUCGUUCAGCCCAGAGGCUGUAGGCAUGGGGCAAGAUAGCAGAGAUCCUGUCCCAUCUCCUACCUGAAUAGCUCCCAAGUGCAGUCAGAAGUUGAGGACAAGCAACCAUUUUUCCCACUCAGUAAGCAGGCCAUUAGUAAAGGCUAGCAUGUCAGUUGGGCAGAGCUUCAGUUGGUGCAGCUUCACACAUUGAAAGGGCUACCAGGAUUAACACCUGGGAUCUGCCCCAGCUCUCUGCAAGGUUGGCUCAAUGCUGCGGAGAGUACUAAGGCUGAGACCAGUAACAGUCCUGCCACAAACUCCUUUUCCAAGGAGGUCUGUCGACUUUCAGCUAAAAGAUGAUUUGAUAGCUUCUCAGAUAUGUUCAAAGACGAUGACUCCUGUUAAGCUUCAGAACAAGCUAACACACAUCACAGCUAAUGUAUUAUUACAAGCACGGAACAGCGUUAAGAGCUUCAAAUGAAAAUACUUCCAAAAGCAGCAUUUUCUACACUCCAGUGAAUUAUCACAUUACAAAUAACAAUAAAAAACUCUCAGUAAGAAUG